AUGCCGUUAUUAUCAAAUUGCCCAACAUCAACAUGUUGCAAAUCCCAGGCUAUUACUACGGCAAGUAUCUGUCCGACCGCGCAUGCGAACAGCUGGAAUGAGGAAAAGAAAAAGUACUUCAAGGUUGAAAAAUCAUCCACGGCGCCUUCUGCUUCCACUUGGUCCUCGGAUGCCGUGAAGAGGCGCAAGGUUGAGCAUCAAGCCAGCGAGGUUGUGCGGAAGCGUGACUGGGAGCUCAGAUCCCACAUCAAGCGACACAGGCUCUGGGAGCACACCGUCGCAUCGGGGACUCUCAAGCGAGAGAUACGUGAUGAUCUGAGCUGGGAGGGAGGAGACAGCCUGAAGGCCGCGGCUUGGGCUGGUGGCCUGGAAGCAAAGGGGGAGGUGCGGUUUGGGUCACAUCACAGGAGAAGCGGACAUCUGCCUUGCCUGUGGAUUGGUGGCCAGGAGCAGGGGCUGGAGACCGCCGUGGCUUAUACGAGUAGGUCGUCUCUUUUUCAAUAUUGGGAUGUUCCUCGUUCCUAUAUCAAGAUUGUCGAAGUUGUGCUAACGGGGGGCUCUGCAUAUAGCGGUGGACGAAGAAACCCCGUGGAUGACGACGGGAAACUCUCGUUUCGAGAAGACGUCCCUCUGGACUCGCCGAGGCGACCGGUCAGAUACAUAGAGUCGACUCGUUGCUCGCAAAUGAGCUCUAUCUCGUACCAUCAGGCUUCUCACCGAAUAUUAUUAACCUCCAGAGAGCCAGGUAAUCCUCUCGGCUUGAAUAUCUUCUCGCCGCCUCGGUGUCGUGGAACAGAAGGGCCUUGGAUUCUCGGAGAAGCCGCAAACCACCAGCGCAUCUCCUUCUCCCGUCUCUGGCGCCACGACCACGUCGCCCUCAACACCUGCAAACCCGCGCCCCCUUCCCUCCCCCAUUUAAUCUGCGCCAUCGCCACCGACUCCGGCCUCGUCAGCGUGGCAACCGACGAGUCCGUCUCCCUAAUCACAUCCCACAACCCCUUCAGAAGCGACCGCAACCGCAACCGCACCCACCAACACACAAGAACCCCCCGCGACGUCUUCGACCUCGACUUCCACCCCACCAACCCAAACAUCAUCUUCUCCGGCGGCCGCCAGCCCCGCGUCUGGAUCAAGGACACGCGCACCCCGCCGUCGGAGCCGUGCCGCCACAUCACCCACCCCAGCUCCGUCGCCCGCCUCCGCGCCAUCUCGGAGAACCAGCUCCUCGUCUGCGGGCCCCAGAGCGCAAUGGCCGUCUACGACGUCCGCUUCUUCCCCACGCCGCAAGGAGGAGGCCGCAACGACGACGACAACGCCCCGCCGAGACCGCGCCCCGGUCCCCUGCUCGCUUUCCCCGAGUACGUCAACGGCGCGCACCUGGCCGUCGGGUUCGACGUCUCGCCCGAGCUGGGCAUCGCCGCGGCGGCGCAGGACGACGGGACGGUGAGGCUCUUCUCCCUCGCCACCGGCCGGCGGCUGGCCUGCCCGGCGAUGGAGGCGCGCGGCAAGAUGGGCAUGCCGAUCAAGUCGCUCAUGUUCCAGACGGUGCCGGGGGAGAACUCGCAGAGCCUGUUUGUGGGUGAGGGGCUAUGGCUGAGGAAGUACUCGUUCGGCACGCGGGAGUUGGAUGCUUGA